AUGAACUCCCCACUACCAGAUGCGAGUACGCUGGAGGCUGGGAUCCUGGAAGACGAGCGACCAUCCCGACUCUCGCGCGUCCAAGGCAAUGUACGGAAUCUACUCAGAGCAUCUAUCUUUGGGUCUGUCGCCAGCUCGCCAACAACACCAACGCAUCGACAACUUGCCAAUCAGGAAGGACGAACAGAGUCACUGCACUCACCCAUUCGCUAUGAGGUGCAUCGAGGACAAGUCUUGCCGAGCCCCUCGAACUCGGGCAUGUUAUCGGUGCAUGACGAGACGGUCGUCGCAGAUCCUCCAGCAGCAGGUCUGCAGCGAUUGCAGCAGAUGAAUCACCAAUCAACACUUUUCAACACAAGAGCAGUGGCCGCCAUCAAUCAUCCAGACCUCAGUGACCCAUCGAUGGAAAGUCUAACCCUACAAAAGACGCGGUCAAGACAACAACAUAGCCGGAAGCGGGCGAAGCACAGACGCAUAGCACGAAAGGCUGCGUGCUCAAGAGCUUUGCUGUGCGUGCUGGCCGCAGUCUUGUUAGCUGGGUUAGUUGCAACCUACGUCUCAAUCGCCACCACAGCAUCUGGAAUCAGCACAACUUUCCACGUCCUAUUUAUUCUGGCAAUUCUGCUAGCUACGAUCGUAUUCGCACAUGCCGCUCUGCGACUUUGUCUAGCUGCCAGGAGUCGAUCAAGAGAUGUGCCUACAUUCGUCUCGGUCUCCAGGCACGGACAAAGACGCCGACAGCAUGGUCCACGGCAUCUACAAAUUCAUCCUUUGCCGAAGCUUACGACCGAUGCAAGAGGAGCUUUUAUGCCACCCACACCUAUCCAGGUGCACGUUAUAGCCGAUGACGUGCUAGCAGACGAGAAUGUUGCUCAACCCACCACAGGAGCAGAUCACUCGUCUCAUCUUUGGGAUAAAGAAGUUGAUACCAUUCCGAAUCCUCCGCCUGCGUAUGGUCGCUGGAGGGGCAGUGUGCGCGCGGAUCCCGAUCUCCUGCACUGGGUGCCGUCUCCAACGAGUUCGGAUCGAGAGGUGAUGCCUUCGCCGACCUAUGAGGAGGGGUCCCCACCGAGCUACAUGACGCGAGAGAGUCCGGCAAGACAGAGAGAGCUACAGGAAGCGCGAGCUGGGAUCGCGCGUUCAGUAAUUGCGGAGCCGGAGAUGUUGGAGGUCAGGAAUGGUCCGCCGCUACCAGAGGUUGGUCAGGCGUUUUAG